UGUGCCUCCUCUCCGGUCAUACCCCUGAAACCUAAACCCUGGGAGGGGAGAGAACAUGACAAGCGACACAGCAGUGGUCCGCCUGAAUUAGUCAAUCCCCGAGGAGGAGGCAGAGACAGUGGGGAGGUUUCUGUGUCUUGAAAAGACUCCGCAUAAAGGCGACGGAGAGAGAGAGAGACACCGGGCUGCGUAUCUGCAGCUGUAGAGAGAGAGAGGAGGGAUGAGAGGACUGGAAGGGAGAUAAAUGCAAUAUAUUCCUCAUGCUUUCAUCCUCAUUUUGCUUGCUGAGCUCACUGAGCAGACACUGAGCUCUCCACGGGGGUUUUUUCUGCGCUUUUUGGUGCGUAUUUUGUGCGUAAAAUGGGGACUCUCUGCAGAUAGGGCGUUUUUUUUAAAGUCCACCUUUUUCGGCGUGGACAGGGUUCCUCCUAACGCCGAACCUGGCAACCCCAGAGGGUUGUGUGGUCGGGUUGUUAGAAGCUCUUGAUAUCGGAUGAAAUCUCGCCUGUCACCCAUCCCACUGUCGUUAAGGGCCUCUGCUGGCAAACUGCGUCACCCAGUGGACGCUGCAGGUACUCCUCUCUAAAAAAAAAAAAAAAAAAAAAGAAAUCAAAUAAAAAAAUUGCAACAAAAAAAAAAUCUGGCCAUGGCACGAAUGACCUGGAAACCAAAGUGACUGAACUUCACCAAAAUCACCAUGGAGCCAGAGGCCAACUCAAACUCUGAGUCCAGCCAAGAACUGAAAUCUCCCCCUGUGCACUACUCUCAGUGUGACCCCCCCACCAACAUGCAGGAGGCCAUGAGUGAUGGGAAUGUCAAUCAUGUGGACUCAGUGGUGAGAGGCGCGAGUGACCCCAGUUUACACCCGUCCUGCAGCUAUCAGAGGAACGUGCACCAGAGGUUCAUCAGGAGGAGCCUGUGGUUCUCUGAGGCAGAUGAGCAGGCGUUUGAGGCCCCUGAGUGCGAUAACAGGAAUAAGAUCAUCAACAUCAACCUGAGGACAAUAGUGGACAGGACGCGGGGGACUAGCGGCGGGAUACAGGAAGGCUCCAGCACUGAGAGCCAAGGUGGGCAAAAGGACAGUGCAACAGAGAGCGCCAGCGCUGAUGAGGAGAAGGAUAAAGGUGUGGAUGCGUUGAAUCUCACGAGCAACGAUGGUGGUAAAGCAGCCAUCAAGGCCGCCAGUGAGGAGAACGAGGAGGAGGCGGAGAUGAAAGCGGUCUCCACGUCUCCAGGGGGACGGUUCCUCAAAUUUGACAUAGAGCUGGGGAGAGGGUCCUUCAAGACGGUCUACAAGGGCCUGGAUACUGAGACCUGGGUAGAAGUUGCGUGGUGUGAGCUGCAGGAUCGCAAGCUGUCAAAAGUGGAACGUCAGCGCUUUAAGGAGGAGGCAGAGAUGUUGAAGGGCCUUCAGCAUCCCAACAUCGUCCGUUUCUAUGACUUCUGGGAGUCGCCCGUUAAAGGGAAGAAGUGCAUUGUGUUAGUCACAGAGCUCAUGACGUCGGGAACGCUAAAAACCUAUCUAAAGCGUUUCAAAGUAAUGAAGCCAAAGGUGCUGAGGAGCUGGUGCAGACAGAUCCUGAAAGGCCUUCACUUUCUGCACACCAGGACCCCUCCAAUCAUCCACAGGGACCUCAAAUGUGACAACAUCUUUAUAACUGGACCUACCGGCUCAGUUAAAAUAGGGGAUUUAGGACUGGCAACACUCAAGGCGGCUUCCUUCGCUAAGAGCGUCAUAGGCACCCCAGAGUUCAUGGCUCCAGAGAUGUAUGAAGAACACUAUGAUGAGGCUGUGGAUGUCUACGCCUUUGGCAUGUGUAUGCUAGAAAUGGCCACCUCGGAAUAUCCCUACUCGGAGUGCCAGAAUGCUGCUCAGAUAUACCGCAAAGUCACAAGUGGAGUGAAGCCAGCCAGCUACAACAAGGUCAUGGAUCCUGAAAUCAAGGAGAUUAUUGGGGAGUGUAUCUGCCAAAAGAAAGAGGAGCGGUACACCAUCAAGGACCUCUUGAACCACGCUUUCUUUGCUGAGGACACGGGCGUGAGGGUGGAGCUAGCUGAGGAGGAUGAUGGGAAAAAGGACUCGAUAGCCCUGAAACUUUGGGUGGAGGACCACAAGAAGUUAAAAGGGAAGUACAAGGAGAGCGGAGCCAUCGAGUUCAUGUUUGACCUGGAAAAGGAGGUCCCUGAGGUUGUGGCACAAGAAAUGGUGGAGUCUGGCUUCUUCCACGAGAGUGAUGCAAAGACUGUGGGAAAGUCGAUCAGGGACCGGGUGGCACUGAUCAAAUGGAGGAGGGAGAGAACAGUGUCAGCCGCCGUGCCAGUGGAUCAUGUUGAAGGAGGUCACAGGGUCCAGAUGACGCCAUCUCAGGGCAUCACUGCCGGGGUUGCACAUGUAGGACAGCCUUUUCUGGAACCGGAAGAGCCAGAGGCAGACCAGCACAACAGGCUACGUAACCUACCAGCCAGUGCCACCUCAGUCACGUCAGACGGCACACUCGAUAGUGGCAUGGGCUCCACUGUGUACUCAGACUCCCACAGCAGCCAGCAGAGUGUCCUCUACCAGUCCCUGCUGGAGCCUAUUACUAUGGCAACACAGCAGUGCCAGAGCAGUAGCCCUUUUCUAGCAGAUCGACCCCACUCCUGUGAAAAGGGUGAGGUUUGGGGGGCAACGCUGAGCCCAGAGCUCAGGACUCGUUUAGGAGCCGCAACUCGAAGAGGAAGCGCCCCGGUGAUAGACACUCGCAGGGCCAACCACAUUGCUCAGCUCCAUGCCCUCAUUCAGUCACGGAGAUCAAUCAGUCCCACCCCGACGGCACCAGAGAUCCGGUUGGAGCUCGACCCACCAGAGCUUCACUCGGAGGCCAAGGGUGGGUCCCCCUUCCAGAGUGCUCUGCCAGUACUGCAGGUCCUCCCUGUCUCUCCCCACUCUGAGUGCCGCCGCUUUAGUGACACCCCCAUCAGACCGUCAUCCGAUGCCACCAGUGAGAACUUAACACUCCCUGUGCUAAGUGGACGAAGACACUCUGACCUCAGUAGUCUUCUGAGUCUGACCGCUCAUCAUAACCACCAUUUUACGAAGCAUAGUGGCCAGGUGUGCCUGGCUUGCCUCUCUAUGCUUCUUCUGAGGUCAAGAGAAGGGAGCAACCGCCGUCCUUCUGCCGCCAUGCCAGCACACCACUGUCCAUGUGACUUAAGACCAAAACCGUCCUCUGUUGGAGCAAUGACCAGCCCAGGUCACGGACGGCUGAAAGGUUUGAGUGAUUGCUCCGAUUUCUCCCUGCUGCAGCAGUCGCUGUUCAAUAUAAUCAGCCGUAAAGCAGCCCCGUGUCACGCCGCACCCACGCAAGCCUCCCUGCUGCACUCCUCAGCCGCCCACAGGCCUGCAUGCAGUGAUGGAGACGACAGCCUGAAGCGUCAUCUCCUGAGAGGCGGUUUGGUCGGGGACCAAGAACCCGUCCAGGACUGCGAGGAUAGACUCUGUGCCAGAGAGCAGCAAGUUACCAGAGCCGUGGGAGUGGCCGGUUCGGCAGGUCACCACAACCAACCAUCUGCACAUGGCCUGCCGUCUUCCAGCACAUCGGUACACACACCACUGCAGUACCUCCAGCCUGGACAAAGUUACCCUGCUGCUCCGUAUACUGGCCAACACAGUGCUGCAGCAGCAGCUCCAGCCAGCCUAUGCGCAGGCAACCUCCAGCAUACGGUCAGUGGUGCUAGCUUCACACCUCAAAGUGUGCAACAGACCCAAGUUGCAGCAAAUAUUUCAGCGUCAGCUGUGCAGCAACAUGUUGCACAGGGCUACCAAGCACCAGGCCACCAACAUCAGCAGGCAACAGCAACGAGCUCUUUGACUUUUCCUUUGAAUGGGCAACAAACGUGUCAGAACUGCGUGGCCUCAACUCAACAACAGGCUCACUCUGCGUCAGGAUAUCUGACUCCAGUUCAGCAACAGACUGCUGCAGCAGCGACCAACCUGCCAGCACAGCAGCCAGCACAAGGCUACCCUCUCGCAUCUGUAGCCCCAACUAUGGCAGCCAUGGCCCAGUGUCAUCCUGCACAAGCUCCCGGUGCGCUGCAACACAUCCAAGCCGCAGGCAACCUGCCAAGUCAGCAGCCUGGUCAGGGCUCCUCCACACCAGCACUUUACAGCCAACAGAUACCCAUUCAACAAGAGCACCAACUGAAUACUCAGACUAAUAUACAACUAACACAACAUGCUGGGCAGGCUUACAUUCAGCCUCAACUCCAGCAUAACCAAGAAGCUCUGCACACCAUGCACCAACAAAUGGCACAACAGCCCACCCACCUGUCUCAAAGUCAGCAGCCUCCUGGUCCGCAGCAGUUACACGCCCAGACUGUACAGAAGCACAGUCAGACAGCCAUGCAGACUGCGGUUCCCCAACAGAGCCAGGAUGCAUCCCAGCCUACAGUCCAGCAGCUUCAGACUCCAGCUUCUCAACUUCAUCAGACGGUACCCCAAGUCGUGCAGGUUGAAGCCACACACCAGAGUUACACCGCUGUCGGUCUACCUGAUGCUCUCUCGCAGAGCUAUGCACAUUCUGCCCUCAGUGCGCUGCAGCAGCAGACGGCUCCAGCUCAGAUCCAGUACCCGUCUGCACAGUCCUCUGGUGCUCCACAGACCUACGGAGCACAACAGUUUCAACCCUAUCUUUGCAUCGCUGCUAUCCUGAACCAGAAUAUUCCUGCUGGUCAUUGCAUUGCACAGCUUGGACACGAUGGACAGGGCCUCGGGCAGAAUCUCAGCCAGUCAGCUUCGGGUGUGCCAGCCCAGGUACUGCCUCCUCAACAGCCAAUGACUCAGGGAACUGUCCACCAACAACUCCAACCUCUGCAGAUCUCACACUCUCUACCACCAACACAUCCAUCCCAGCAGAUUCCCCAGCAUGCACAGGUCAGCCAUCCUGAGCUUGUUCCCUCUGCUCAGCCAGUCCAGCCUGCAGUCUUCGCCACACCUUUGCAGAACGGGUCCGACGUGGGCGCAGUCGCCGCUGCUGCCCAGCUGGACAACAAGAACCCAUGCCAGCUGGCCCCGCAGGCCCAGAGUCAGGUUCAGAGCCAGAUUCCUGUGCUGCAGCCCUCUGACUCUCAGAAAGCAUUAUCGGGGUCUGCCAGUUCCAGUCUGACUCAGCAGAAACCGCUCAGUAGUCUCACCGGAGCUGUAGGUCAGGGUCCAGCAGAGACAUACACGGAGGAUCAAGCCGCAGAGAAACAAACUGGAGGACAGAGCUAUGACAGUGUCAACUCUGAUGCCACGUCAGGGAAGGAGAUGAGUGACGGUUAUGAGGGGACUCAUGGAGGUAAAGGCGAGGUGAAAGUCCGCAAACACCACCGCAGGUCCACACGCACUCGUUCACGGCAGGAGAAGAUCAGCAAGCCGAAGCUCAACAUGCUCAAUGUUUGCAACACUGGCGAUAAGAUGGUAGAGUGUCAGCUGGAAACUCAUAACCACAAAAUGGUCACUUUCAAGUUUGACCUGGAUGGAGACGCACCGGAAGAGAUUGCUACAUACAUGGUGGAGAACGACUUCAUUCUGCCCGUAGAAAAAGAAAUGUUCAUCGAGCAGCUUAAGGACAUCGUGGACAAGGCUGAGGACUUGCUGAGUGAGGACACGGAGGGUGAGAGGAACUCUGACCAGGGAGGAAGUCCCAAACAGAGCGAAGGCGCCGGCGCCCUGGGAGCAGAGGGAUUUAAGGCUUCCACACCCAGCACACCACAGCUGGUGUACCAGCAAAACGUCCUCCACACUGGCAAGCGCUGGUUCAUCAUCUGCCCUGUGGCUGAGUCGCCUAUAUCGGACAAAGAGAAGACUACGUCUCACACCUCUGCAGCGCAGGAAUCUGAGAAGUCUGCCUCAUCAUCCGUCGGGCCCAACAGCAACACUACUGUAGCGGCUACCCCAGUCGCCUCUCUAUCCUCCCAAAGCCUGUCCACCUCCUCCCCCUCCGCUUUGCCUCCUGCAGCUCAGACCUCAGUGCAACCUCAAGACCAAAACAUUGACAAAACCCGGAUGCAGCAGCCUCAGCCCUGUGUAACUAAUCACGCCCAUGCUGUUGGCGGUGGCAACCAUCACAACUUCCUUCCGGUGGAAGAGCCUUGCAUCCCUGCUAUCUCCAUAGUAACAGACAUUCCAUGCUGCGCUAUUGUGCCACCGGUCUCUCUGGAUGUGAACGGCGCAGCUAAUGGUUUGUCCUAUUCUCAAACUGAUCAGCCCAAUCAGAAGGCCAGUCCCUCUGGAGAACUGCCCCCUCAGCUGGCCUCCCAUCAGCCCGUUGUCCUGCAGCAGCCGUACGCCACGCCCAUGCAGCCCGGGACAGUCACCUCCCAGCCCCAGAGUCCGGCGCACCAGACCCCCCAGAACUCCCAGUCGUCAAGCCAGCAGCAGCAGCAGCAGCCGGCAGGUGGGGGGCCAGGCGAGUCGGACAGUGAGGGGCCGCGCAGGGUGGAGUUUGCCGACCGCACCAUCAAGACUUUGGACGAAAAGCUGAGAAACCUGUUGUACCAGGAGCACGUUCCCUCCCAGCCCUCCGGCACUGCAUCCGACCCCCAGGCCCCCAGUACAGAAGGAGUCAGCUCACCUCCAGUCUCAGACGGCCAGAGCUCCGAGGGAACAAAGAAGAAAGCGGAGCUGCUGCCUCAGAUUCCCGAGCGCACAGAUAGUGUGGGUGCACUAAGUGACUCUGCAGUGGCAGCCACUAACAGGGUUUCUAACAGAAGAGAUGUGACCAACGGCUCCAGCGCAUAUGGCUCCAAAAGCCGUUUUCAAAUCAUCCCCACUCCACCGGAUGUCCUUUGCCGUAUGGAGAAAAGCAAGAAGAGUGGCAGCACCGGCAGUUCCCCGGCACCCUCUAGUGGUUCUGCGGGCUCAUGCAGCCAGUCGCAGGGUCCAGGCAGGAAAGACAAGGACUUUGGGUCUGCGUGCAAAUCCUCUCUGACUGCUGCAGCCGAUCACGCAGGAACGUCCAAACCCCUCAGUAGUAGCCGCUACUCUGCCCCGCCAAACUUCUUUCAGGGCACCCCGACCACCAGUCCUGAUGUCACCCCGCGCCACAUCCCCCGGGCCCAGACGAUGGACACUCCGACCCACCAGAACAACCACUCCCCUCACCUCUACUCCGACUCGGGGGAUGAGGACAGCAGCAGCGUGGCCCCCCCUCCGGCCCCCCCGGCUCCCCCAGCUCAUGCCCUGCCCGAGCACAGUGGAAGCGACCUCAUGAAGAGGGCAGUGGCCUUCCUGCGGCGCACUGGUCGGAGCAAAAGUGAGCAGAGCUCGGAUUCGCCGAGCCGACAGCCCGUGGCAAUGAAUGGUCACGGCCCCUCGCCAUCUGUGGGACACACCCACUCAUCCUACGUCAGCAGUGACAAUGACUCCGAGUUUGAGGACGCAGAUAUGAGGAAAGAGCUGCAGAAGCUGAGAGAAAAACACAUGAAGGAGAUCUCUGAGCUGCAGGCGUUCCAGAGGGGCGAGAUCGAGCAUCUGUACACGGAGCUGGGCAAAACGCUGCCCCCCAAUGUCGGCCUACUUCAUGCUGCACCCCCAAGUGGCCGCAGGCGCAGAGCCAGCAAACACAAGCUGAAAGCUGGCAAGCUGCUCAAUCCGAUGGUGCAGCAGCUCAAAAACAAUCUUAACACCUCCGCAGAGAGGAAAGGUGAGAGUGCCGCCAGUUCAUCCAGCUCCCCGGCUAAAAGUUCGGUUCUGUCGGAUGGCUCUGCUUUCUCCAGUGGCAGCUCUAGCUCCAGCAAUCAGCCCGGUGCCGCCACAGAGCAGGUCCACACCCAGCAGCCCUGUUCCUUGAAGGGCUCGUUCUCCUCAGACAACAUCUACGCCGGGCGACACACGGACGGGAUGGCCAACCAAGCCGGCCCCGGCCAAGGGUCCACUCUGAAACGACUAUGUCUAGGCAAAGAGCGCAGUAGUAGGUCUUCUGUCAACACCGCCGCGGCUCAGCCGUCACACGCCGCAGCCACAUCCUCACCAUCCCCACAGCCAAUCUCGCGGCUCGCUCAGGUCCAGACCAACAACAGCAACAACAAGAGAGGCACGUUCACCGACGACCUCCACAAACUGGUGGAUGACUGGACGAAGGAGACCGUCGCGGCGGCCAAUCAGCCGCGCCCCUCCCUCAACCAGAUCAAACAGCAGAGACGCCAGCUGGACCUGGAGGCCACAGCGCCACCCAUGGGAGCAGCCAAACGUGAGAUGAAAAGCCACGUCGGUCCCCGCAAGUUCCAGCUGCCUCUUUCCUGCCCGCUGACUGCUGCUCUAGGCCCCGGUGGGCCCAAAGGCCUGGCUCCCAACUCCUCAGCGAUGCUCCCUGCUGGGUACCCUUUACCCGCGGGCUCCUAUGGAGGGAUGGCUCCUGGUCCUCUUUACCCAAAGCAGUGGCCUGGUAUGCCUAGUCCUGUAGGGUCCGGGGGUCCCGUAGGCCUGCUCGGUGCUGCGAGAAUGAUGCCCUACGCCACGAUGGCGAACCCAGGGAUCCAAGCCUACCCUCUGGUCAUGAACGACCCCGAGGGUGGCCCCUCUCCGAAAACCACUAGAACUGCCUAAUCUGCCCGCUAACAUUUGUUAGUGUGUUUGGGCCCCGUCGUCCAACUUCACUCCGUUUCUGGUUCACCAGAGCCACAAAUGUACAUAAUGUGAUCUUGUAAAUUACAUGACGCAGGUGUUGAUAACCUUUAUACAACACUUCUAUCUGUAGUUAAUGUAUGUAUGUGUGUGUGAAUGUGCUUGCGUGCGUGCGUGUGUGUGUGUGUGUGUGUAUACUGAACAGUACGUGUUAAGUAUGUAUGUCUGAAUACCUAAUGCUUUUUGGCUUUGGUUUUGACUAAACUCAGCCAUACAAGACAAUUUGUCUGCAGUCUACAAAAAACAUUAUUCUUUAUUACUGCAGUUUUCACGUUGAUUUUUUUUGCCUUUCUCACUUUAAACACUACAUUGGAAUCCAAAAUACCAGUGGUGUGAGAUACAGUUACAAGACAGUAUUUAUGAUGAAGAUAUUAAGGAAUGUAGUGCCUUGAACAUUGAUUUAUAGAUUAUUUUUUU